CAAAUAAUGAGUUCGAAAAGAAGAGUUGGAAUAGCCCAUUUCCUCCUCAGAACCUUUGAAAUGCUGGAAGUAUAAAAAUAAAUUUAUAGAAUUUCUACAGACACCAAAGCUAAAACAUUUGAUAGAGUGGUCGCCCUGUGGUGAGUUGUUUUAUAUAAAAAACUCUAAAGAAUUUGCUCACAAAGUAUAGUUGAUAUUCAAAUUUAUUUUUUAGGUGCUUCCAUAAUAUUUCAGACAUAGGAACUUUUAAUCUUUCCUUAGACAAUUAAAUAUGUAUAACUUUGUUAAGAAACGGUUGAAGAAUGGAUGGAAUCAAUUUUAACAUAAGUACUUUAAAAGAGAAGCCAAGUAUAUUAUUUAAGAUUAUUUUCAAUCUUUUUAGAAAUCUACUUAUACAUGUCCAUCGGAGAAGUAAUGGUUAAUGUUCCGAUGAAGAAGAACAAACAGGUAUUUUUAUAUCUUUAUAUUUAGACCAACAAGAUUCCAUCAAAAAACAAUAAGAAUCAUUACAAUAAAUCAAAUAUCUCUAAAAUGAUAUUGUUCUUACAUCAAGCUUCCUUUUUCAAUAAUCAGUUAUUCUAUAAGGCAACUUCUAACGUCUUAAGAAUGUAUUAUCUAUAUGUUUAAAUUAGAAAUUAUUGUAUCAGUAUAUUGAGGAACAGAAAUAAGAAAAAUUCCUCUUUAGCACUUUUUCUCUCUUAAAUAAAUCAUUAAACGAUUCCCCCAAGUUAACUUAAACCAUACUAACACAGAACCGAAAAGAAACAGAUCAGGAACCAUAAUUAUUUGUACUCUCUUGAUAAGCAAGAUUUUUUAUUCCAUCC